AUGAGCGAUGAGGCGAGCACUUCAACAAGCAUCACGGAGACGCCCAAAAAAUUACCGAAAACGAAUUACGUCGCGAAUCUACAAUACGUUACCACAGGUGCAGCCGUUUUGUUCUUUUUUCGAGCCUUCAAUCGUACGAUCAGUCAUCAAAAAAGAGGCCAAGUACUCGUCGGGUCUGCGGUGUGCACUUAUCUGUCGAUUGCAAACGAGUUCGGAAUGCCUCCCAAAAAGCCUGCGGCUAAAGGAAACGCGAAAGGAAGCGGUGGUGGUGAAGAAAAGGAAAAGAAAGAGGCCAAAGGAGGGACAUCAGUUAAAGUUCGCCAUAUUUUAUGUGAAAAACAGGGAAAAGCUCUCGAAGCUUUAGAGAAACUAAAAGCUGGAGGUAAAUUCAACGAGGUGGCAGCUCAAUACAGCGAAGACAAAGCUCGAUCUGGGGGUGAUCUUGGUUGGAUGACGAGAGGCAGCAUGGUUGGAGAAUUUCAGGACGCUGCCUUUGCUUUAUCGAAGAGCACACCUGACAAGCCAAUCUACACAGACCCGCCAGUAAAAACGAAGUUUGGCUACCAUAUCAUCAUGGUCGAAGGAAAGAAG